GGGGCGGCAGCCUCUGCGCUCGGGGCAGCCGAGGCUCUCGGGGCAGCGCAGGCUCCUCUCGGCCGGGUUGGGGCGGUCCCGGGGCGGGGCGGAGCAGCCGAGCCGCGAUGGAGGCUGCGAGCCUGCUGGGGACCGGCGAGGCGCCGCGGUACAAGAGCUACCGGCGGCGGUGGUUCCUGCUGGCCGCCGUGUGCCUGCUCAACUGCUCCAACGCCAUGCUGUGGCUGACAUUUGCUCCUGUGGCUGAUAAGACAGCUUCCUACUUCCACAUUUCCCUAGAGAUGGUCAAUUGGCUCUCGAUAGUGUACCUCCUCAUCUCGAUUCCAUUUGGUCUGGUGGCAACGUGGAUUCUUGACAGCGUGGGGCUCAGAUGUGCUGUGAUCCUGAGCGCAUGGCUGAACAUGACUGGUAGCAUCAUCCGGAUGUUCAGCGUCCUGAAGUUCCUGAGCUUGGGUUCCCAGAAUUACUGGUACCUCUUUACUGGGCAAUGCCUCUGUGCAUUGGCACAGCCUCUUAUCAUCUUUUCACCAACAAAACUGGCAGCACUAUGGUUCCCAGACCACCAGAGAGCCACAGCAAAUAUGAUCGCAUCAAUGUCAAAUCCCUUGGGUAUUCUUAUAGCAAAUGUGCUGUCACCUGCACUGCUUCCUGAAGGAAAGCACAUCCCGUUGAUGCUGGGUGUUUAUGCUGUCCCAGCAGUAAUAGCCUGUGCUCUAGCAACUGUGGGGAUUCAUGAGAAGGUUCCUCCAAUGCCUCCUUCAGCCAGUGCCACUAACUCUACUUCCCAGCCAUUUGUCGUGGGACUCAAGAUGCUCCUGAGAAACAAGCCAUACAUCAUCCUGGCAGUGUGCUUUGGAGGAGGAAUUGGGAUGUUCACCUGCUUUUCAGCUCUUCUAGAACAGAUCCUUUGUGAAAAGGGGUAUUCAAAUGAAUUUGCUGGCCUGAAUGGUGCACUCUUCACAGUGUGUGGCUUCUUGGGUGCUUUCCUGCUAGGCUUGUAUGUUGAUCGGACAAAGAAGUUCAUAGAAUCGACCAAGAUUUGUUUCUGUCUGAGUGCACUUGCCAGCAUUGUGUUUGCAGUGGCUUCUCGGUUCAGACAUCAGGCCAUCAUGCUGGCUGUCAGUAGCUCACUCUUUGGUUUCUUUGGUUUUGCCAUGUACCCCAUUGCCAUGGAGCUCGCUGUGGAGUGUUCCUACCCUGUGGGAGAGGGCACAUCUACAGGCCUGAUUUUUGUUGCAAGCCAGAUUCAAGGUGUGAUUUUAAUGAUUCUGCUACAAGCCCUCACUGUGCGUGUUUCUGAGGAUAUAUCCUCCACCUGUGCCCUUGACCAGGAUGGAGCCCUGGACUGGACAACUCCAGUAAUGGUGCUGGCUGGCCUCUCCAGUGCUAUGGCUUGUUUCUAUGUUGUCUUCUUCCACACUAACUACAAACGGAUCCAUGCUGAGACAAACAGUGGUGAUUUGGUCAAGGCAGAAGAUACAGCAACAGCAGAUGUUCCUGAAGCCUAACCAGGGCAAAAUGGGGAUGCCAAGGGCCCAGCAAAGAAGGACUCAGACCGUGACUGCAAAUGCUCAGCUGGCACACUAGGAUAUCCAGGUCCUGUUGCACAACAAGCAAAGGCUAGAGCAGAUUCACUGGGGCAUCUUUGCUGUGCUUCCCUCAGUCUUGUCUUUAAUUGUGAGUAUGGGCUGUAAGAGAGGCUGUGCUGCUAGAAAGCUCAAAGUGAAACUGGACAACUAUACAGGUAACGGGGAUUUUUAGCUGACUUAAUUCAGCUGAAGAAAUGUUGCAGGGAGAGGAGCAUAAUAUUUCAGCCAUUUUUUCAUUUUCAUAUAUUCGGAUUGGGGAUAAAGCUUUCAGAGGGGUGAAAGCGGUGCCUAUCACUAAAUCAGUGGAAAACUUCUGUUUUCUGUGGUUCUUGCACAGCAAAACAGCUCUUCCAUUCUAAGGUUGGAGCUAGUUUUGGCCUCAUGGCUAAAGGGCCCUAGGAGCUAGAGCGUCUUUCCAUAGCAGCAGGGAAAUGUAGGUAUGUGAUCUGUAAUACAAGUCUGUUUACAAUGAGCCACUUUGCCUUCUUCUACAAACAGGGAAACAAAAACCCUGCCUGGAGUGCCAUCUGUAAAAGAAAAUAUCAGUGAGUAGCAGAAGCUAAAUAAAGCAACAUUCCUCACUCUUCUGGUCCCCUGCCAGAUGCCAAAACAUUGAGGAUAACCUUGAUUUGCUUGUGCUUCUGUUGUUUCUCCACCUUACCUGCAAUUCUAGUGAUCUAAGUUUUUCACAAGAAAGGGAACCUGCUGGAGUAAGUUCAGGUCGAUGUACAGAACAGCUCUCUCAGUGCCUGAAUUCUCUUCCCCAUUAGCAACUGGAAACCUCUCCCUUUGUAAAACACAUGGCUUCAUGCAUCCUUCUAAGGAGCCUCCUAGUUCCUACAGCUGCAGCCUUGUUCUUACAAUAAAGCAUGUUUGCCAAAAAGAGCAGGAAGGAAGUCUGACUCUGUGGUGAAACAAGAUCAGUUUGAACCUGUUGGUGGAAUGAGACUAGCUGUCUUUUGCAGAACACUGGUCAGUUCUGCCACCCUGGACCUAAUAUGCCUAACAGAUUAACACCAAAUUUAGUUGCCAGUUCUGAGACCUAUUGUAUGGGAAGGAAGAAGCACUUGGUACUUUAUAAUUUUAUAUAUUUACAAAUGCUUGUUUUUCAAUAAAGGAUGGUUUAAGAAAAGUUUAAUCUUUUCUCUCUAUAUUAAACUUUAAAAAAAGGAUUUUAUAUACACAAGAGUCCAUCAAGUCUGCUACGUAGUACAAACUGAAGGUCCCCGUAUUUGCCAGAUAUGCAUUAAAUUGUGCUCGAAAUGAUGAU